CUGUCACCAGAGAGCGCCACUACCGACGGGGAGCCCGGCAGAGCCGCGCCUGGCUUGCUCCGCUCACGGCAGCCGACGGCAGAGGCGAGACGGACAUGUGGCACCAGAUCCUUCCCAACGCCUGGGAGAACAUCUUGUCCCAGAUCAGAUCUUUUGAGUAUUCACAGAAGAAUGCAGUCCUGCUCCCUGUGGCGGCCCUGGGGGUUGGAGGUAUCCUGCUUUGCUGUCUGAGGUCUAGACACAAGGUCAAGACUCUUGAAAUGGGCGAUGGAUGGUGGGGCUCAGGUGAAAGACCCCUAAAAGGAAAAGAAGAUGAAAGUAUCCGUCCCUUCAAGAUUGAAACGUCUGACCGAGAGAUUGAGGACCUGCACCGUCGCCUGGAGCAGGCCCGCUAUGCAGAGCCAUUGGAAGGAGCUGCCUUCGAUUAUGGCUUCAACUCCAACUACCUGCAGAGGGUGGUGGCCUACUGGAGGAAUGAGUUUGACUGGCACAAGCAAGUGGAAGUCCUGAACAAAUACCCCCAUUUCCGCACCACCAUUGAAGGGAUCGAUAUCCAUUUCAUCCAUGUGAAGCCCUCCUAUGUCCCUCAUGGCCGAGCUGUUCAGCCUCUGCUGAUGGUCCAUGGCUGGCCUGGCUCCUUCUACGAGUUCUACAAGAUCAUCCCUCUGCUCACAGAGCCAGCCAGAUACGGUCUGAAUGACGGUGAUGUGGUGUUUGAGGUCAUCUGCCCAUCCAUCCCAGGCUAUGGCUUCUCAGAGGCACCACACCAGAAAGGCUUUGACACCAUAGCAACUGCUCGGAUAUUUCACAAGCUGAUGAACAGGCUGGGCUUCAAGCAGUACUACGUACAGGGAGGAGACUGGGGAUCUCGUGUUACCACAAACAUGUCUCAGAUGCUGCCGCAAUCUGUGAAAGGGCUUCAUCUGAAUCUCGUCUUCCGUGGCAGUCCAAGUUUGAGAAAGAUACUUGCUGUGAUGAUUGGGGCUUAUGUACCAUGGCUUGUAGGUUUCACCAGGGAAGAUGCUCAACUUAUGUACCCUUUCAUGCAGAAGAGUAUAUAUACUAUUCUGCAAGAGUCUGGAUACUUACACAUCCAGGCCACCAAACCAGAUACUGCAGGCUGUGGCCUGAAUGACUCCCCUGUGGGGCUUGCUGCAUAUAUCCUGGAGAAAUUCUCUACCUGGACAGAUAAAUCAUUUCUGCAUAAAACUGAUGGAGGCUUGGAAAGCAAAUACACUCUUGAUGAGCUUCUGACUAAUGUGAUGAUAUAUUGGGUGACAGGCUCCAUUGUGUCCUCAAUGCGAUACUACAAGGAGAACUUUUCCAAGGACCCUACACUAGCUGUUGACAGGAUCGGAGUACACGUUCCAACUGGGAUUGCAGCUUUUCCUCACGAGAUACUACACACACCACGUGUCUGGGUAAAGGAGGUAUUCAGUAACAUCGUCACUUUCUCUUACAUGCCCCGUGGAGGGCAUUUUGCUGCCUUUGAGGAGCCAAGGCUCCUGGCAGAACACAUCAUUCAGUUUGUCAGAAAGGUGGAAAAGCUGUGAACCCGUGGUUUGGACACAUGCAGAGAACGGAAACAAGUUGUUCUGCCACCAGCGGAAACUUUAAGGAAUGAAUCACAUGCAUAAGACAGCAUUUUAUUUGGAUGAUUAUAGUACAAAACUUGUUAAUCAAGCUCUAAAUCUUUUCAUAAAAGAUGAAAAAAGGAA